AUGUACGCAUUUCGUCUGAACAUUGUCCUCGGCACCCUUCUUCCACUUGCGGCACCGGAGCUUUCCCCUCGGGGACUUAAUGAUCCGGCUAUCGCAUACUUAGACCAAAUGUGCCAGCCAAAUGUCUACAACGCAGACCACAACAGUAGUGGACCCAUCGACAUUCUCUCUGCGGUAGAAAACUCCCCAUUCCCGUGCGAGCAGUCGAUACAUAUACUAGCAAUUUGUUCUGCCAAUGGCACCUCAGAGAUCGACUUCCUCGCGGAACAGCAAUGUCUCUGCACUGGCUCAUUUUGGGAGGCUCAAGAGACUUGUGAUGCCUGUUUUUCUGUGCAUGGCCUCCACAUAUAUUCUCCGGAGGAAGUAGCAUCUAACCGAUCUUCGCUCAAAACGGCUGAAUGUAGUCCGACCCCCCCUUUCCAGCCGUAUUCAGACCUCUUAAGAACCGUUGACAUCGCCUCCGUUCGUCUCGCGCCCAAUAUCACGCUUACCAAUGACAAAUUUCCGAAUAACACCGCGGUCAGUAAUUAUUAUACGUUAACGUCCAGCUUCACACCGGGAACGAUCACCGGAAGUGCUACGGCAAGAUUGACAUCCUGGGAUGGGGUAUUGUAUACGCCUACCAGCGUUCCUCCGAAUCAUGGAACUGGCACUACGGGGAGUGAGAGUUCUUCAGCUGCAAUUACCUCAUCUAGAAGUACUGCCGCUGUAUCUUCAAGCGGGAGUCAGUCGUCAAAUGGGGCGCCAAGACAGGAUGUCAAGGUUGCUGGAGGGUUAUUGGCCGGACUACUUGGCGUAGCUGCUAUGCUAUAA